CACAUUCUUUACUGACUGAGCCAGCCAGGCUCCACCCAUUAUAGUAUUAACUUUUGAAAAGAAGCUCAAAGUUAAAACUUCUUCAAAGUCAAAGUGUCAGAGCAGAAAUGAGAACUUUAAUCAAUUUUUUUUCAUCUGUCACAGUUUCAGUGUGCUUUAGCACCAUUUCCUUACAGAAAAUUAGUGCAAAUUUGUAGUGCUUCCCUGAGCAACAAAAUAUGGCACUUUGAGAGGCAAAGCUGAAAUUAAUUUUAGCUUUAAUGGUAAUAGCCCCUUUUUUCAAAGGUGUUUUUAUUUAAAAUUACUGUGUAUACAGUAGAUUAAAAAGAACAUUUUAAUGUGCUAGACAGCUUGUGAGGGUCGCACAAACUGGGUGUGGUCUUGCGUAGCCAUAGUAGCUAGCUGGCAGGGUGGGGUGGGGGAGGAGAAUUAGGGGUUUAGUGUGUUAAACCUGUUUCUUUAUGCCUCAAAGAACACUGAUGUGGCUUUUUUCCCCAUUCUCUUCCUCUACUUGCAUGAGACACCAUGAGCUGGGCUGGGGGAAUCCUAUGGGCAAGCCAGAGACCAGGCACCAUAGGAGUGAAUUUCUUUUGCCUAGGGAUGGCUCUGUGUCCCUGCCAGGUGGCAUGCAUCUCCUUUAGGGACAGCUGGUCCUUCAGUCCAAUCUCCAAGAUUAUAACUGUCAGGUGUGAACUUACUAAGAAUUUCACUUCAGAGGAGACAGUUCAUCACAAUAAGAUCUCCAUUAUAGGAACUGGAUCAGUUGGCAUGGCCUGUGGUAUCAACAUCUUAUUCAAAGGCUUGAGUGAUGAAGUUGCCUUUGUGGAUGUUGAUGAAGGCAAACUGAAGGGUGAGACAGUGGAUCUUCAACAUGGCAGCUCUUUCAUGAAAAUGCCAAAUAUAUUUUCCAGCAAAGAUUACCUUGUCAGUGCAAACUCCAACCCAGUGAUUAUCAUAGCAGGUGCAUGUCCAGGAAAAGGACAAACAUGCCUUGAUGUAGUCAAGAGAAAUGUACCCUUCUUUAAAUUAAUGAUUCCCAACAUUACCCAGUAUAGUCCCCAGUGCAAAAUGAUAGUGGUUUCCAGUCCAGUGGAUAUCUUAACUUAUGUAGCUUGGAAGUUGAGUGCAUUUCCCUGUUUUUGGAAGUGGCUAUAUCUGGAUACUGCCCAUUUCUGUUUCUUUAUUGGGCAAAGGCUCGGUAUCCACUCCAGAAGUUGUCAUGGAUGGAUCUUUGGAGAACAUGGAGACUCAAGUGUACCUGUGUGGAGUGGAGUUAACAUUGCUGGUAUCCCCUUGAAGGAUCUGAAUUCAGAAAUUGGAAUGGAUAAAGAUCCUGAGCACUGGGAAAAUGUCCCCAAAGAAGUGAUAACCUGUGGUUACGAGAUGGUUAAAAUGAAAUGUCAUACUAAUUGGGCUGUUGGCUUAUCUGUAGUUAAUUUAAUGGAAAGCGUUUUGAACUAUCUUAGGAGAGUGCAUCCAAUUUCCACCAUAACUAAAGACCUCUAUGGAAUAAAUGAAAAGGUAUUCCUUAGUGUUCUUUGUAUCCUGAGAGAGGAUGGUAUUGCAAACGUUCUAAAAAUAAACCUGACCCCUGAAGAGGCGGUCUGUUUAAAGAGUGCAGAAAAGCUCUGGGAAAUACAGAAGGAGAUCAAGGUUUAAAGUUGUUUAAAGCCACCCUUAUGAAGUUAUUGAUGGAGAGAUAGUAGUUAUAGGAUUAUAUAUCAAACUUUUGAAUAAACUUGAAUUCAUUUAUGUGUAUAUAUAGUAGUUGCUAUUUGGUCUAAAUGUAUGAUGUAUGUGUUUAAUGUGUUAUAGAAGUUCUGGUUCUUUUCAUCCAGUAUAUACCAAUUCUUUCAUUCUGGCUGGAUUUUGUAUUCAUUUAUAUGCUGUUUUAAAAAAAAGUUGUAACUUCCUCUACAAAUGUAAAAAUAAAAGUAUUUACAAACAAAAAUAGCUCUGUUGAUUCCAAUUCUAACACCAAAUAAAACCUUGAUUUGACCUUGAAAAACAAUUUUUAAUAUUCUAAGGUGUAACUUAUUCUGAAAUCUAAAUGUAUUGUCUUUAUUACAGAUUUUAAUGAAAGCUGCCUUAUAUUUUAGAAUCCUUCCUGUGUUUUCAAGCAUAUUUUGAGCACUUAGAACGUUGAUACAAAAUAUGGAGUAUGGAUAUUAGCCUACUUUGAUUUUCUUUAGCUUUGUUUUCUUACAUAAAAUGUCAUUUUAUAAUUAGUUGAUUGGCAUGCUCAUUAUAAUUUGUGAGACUAGGCCAUAGCCCUUGGGGAAAAAAAUCAAUUAUUGAUAAAAUAUAGAGAUCAGAUUUUCUUUUAACUUGGAAAAUGAUUCAUGUUCCUAUAAAGUCUUAAUUCCAUCACUCCUUACAAGUUUUACUCUGUCAUAUAUCUGACUCCCAUUUGGUGUGCUGUGAUCUUUGUAUUUUUUAGGAAAUGAUCUUUAGAGAAUUCUGCUCAUCAAAACUUCUCUUUAGAGCUGAUUCACCAUUGAAGCCAAUUAAAUUUUUUUUCCCUCAUCAAUAUACUGAGAUAAAAUCCUAUUCUGAAGUGAGAUGUUUUUAGAAAUUAAGGGUAUAUAUAUUUUUUUGACCUUUCAUUUGGAUGGGAUUCUGGGACUCAUUUUUAAAAUGGUAAUGUCUAUAUUUACCACAAGAUAAUGCAAAUACCCACUUGGUCGUAAUUGAAGAACUCCAGUAGAAAGUUUUUCAUUAUUUCCUUAAAAUAGACAAAAUUUAAAAGAUAUGCUAAUACAGUCACAGUACUCGUGUGUGUGUGUGUGUGUGCGAGCGCGCGUGUGUGUGAAAGUUCACUUGUAAAGUAUCUAAAAGAUAAUUAUAAGUGGCCCAUUAAUAAAUAAAGAUUCGUCAUAUCACUUCACUUGUCUCUCUUCAUAUACCUGUAUUGAUUCCUCUUUGAUGAAUCUACAGAACUGAGGCUAGUGCUCCUUCAUCUGUGUUUCAUUGUACUGCAGCAGGGCAUAAAGAGGUACUGUGCAUCCAGUACUGCUUAGGCACAGUAUUGUUGAUGUGAAAAAUUUGCCUUAAAUUUUGAUGAUGUUGUUGCUACUUAGAGCCUUCUAACCCUAGAAAAAUCCUAGAGUAUCUGAAAAAAUCUAGAUACUCAUUUGUAAGUUCUAUAAGGAGAAACUUCUAGAAAUAGAGCUGUUUUGCUUGCUUAGAGGAGUAGAGUUUUUGUCCAGAUACCUCUCACAUGGUUAAGAGUACACGUACCAAGAAAAACCAGAAAGCCAAAAUUUACUAACUUAGGUCACAUCAGUGACAUUUUUUUAAAUUCUAAAAAUUAUCUUGUGCAUAUUCAUUUUAGGCUAAAUUUAAGAUUUCAUUGUACAGCUGAAUUAAUAUCUCAAUUCAUCCUGGAUAUUCAUUAUUAAGUUGAAAAGUAAUUUACUUUAAAAGUGUAGUCCAUUUUAUAGAAUAUGGUCUCUUUAUGUCAGUAACAUAGCUUAUUU